CCCCCGGCCGCCUCCACCUCCCUUCCCAUUCCUUCGUCCACCUUUGUCUGAGGCCAAAAUCCAUCCUCCUCCAUGCCAAUUAACUCUACCGCGCUCAUCAUUCAUGCGAACCUGCAAGUCCCAAUCCCAACGCAAUCCAAUCCAAUCCUUCCUUCUUUCGUCCUCCUCCCCCCUUGAUCCCCAUGCCUCUCCCUUAGACUACGUUGGAACUAACCAUACCGCCGUUGAAACCCAUGACAAAGCCUCGGCAUCCGACAUCUUUUUUUCCAGCCCUCCGACAUCUUUAUCCCCUCUCUAUGUCUUUCUCGUACCCAGCACGCUCCAACGAAAAGAAGAAACCAAGAAAAAAGUCCCACUAAAUCUCCUUUCCUGGCUUGGUCUACCUGCGAAUUGA